AUGCAGGCAGUAGGCGUCGCCAUCCCCAGGAUCGACAUCAAGAAAAUUUUUACACAUGGCAAUGGUUUUGCCCUGGCCGACAAGCACCAACGUCAAAAUACAAACAUGCCCUCCGCCAAACCGCCGGUCAACCGCAAGCUCCAAGCGCGCCAGGUGUACCAAUUCUAUAACGCGGCGACAGACGAGGGCAAGCAGGUGUUAGAGGAGCGGCUCAAGGCGGCAGAUCCCGAGUUCAAGCUCCUCAAGAACCUCGGCUAG